UAUGCUCUCUUUCGAAAUGUUCCGUGGUCACACUGUUCGUUAGACCGGCUCGUGUUGUGCAUUAUAUUGUUGAAUUAUAUUAUAUAAGGAAUAUGAUGCGGAGUGUCAUUCAUCAAUUAUUGGGUUUGAGGCUUAGUGGUCACUGCGGGGUUUCUCUUACCCAGGUUCGUGAAAAGGGCCAUUUGAGUCGACCCCGACUUCGGAAUCCCCAAUGGUUUUUGCGCAAGGAAGUCACAAAAUACGAUGAUCAUAUGACGCCAGAAAACAAACAGUUUGUCAACGAAGUUGCUAAUGAUAACUUUGGCGUUCCAGCAGUAAAGAAAGAUAAUUUAAUCGCGACUACAUCUCCAUCCAAGAAUGAGGCAUUGUGGACCCCAAACUUGAGACGCUGCGGCCUGAUAGCACGAAAAAUAGGUCAAUAUCCACUGUGGCUUAAAAACGGCGAGAGGAUACGAACGACACUGUUGCAGAUUGCGGACAACCAUGUUAUUAAGUACAUUCCUCCGGAAGAGUAUUUACCUGCACAAGUUCCCAAAGUUCACAAUUUGCAUAAACGCGGUUGCAUUCUUGUUGGCGCCGAGAGCACAAAUCCCGCUUUGCUGACCAAAGAGUACUCGGGAAUAUUUCGAGAUUCGGGCGUUGUUCCCAAGAAAAAUUUGGCUCGAUUUAUCGUCUCGCCGGAAGCUGAAAUUGCGCCAGGAACUCCCCUAAAUGUUAAUCACUUCAGCGUUGGCGAUUUUGUAGAUGUUCGUGGCAAAACAGUUGAUCAUGGUUUCCAAGGUGUAGUGAAGCGUCACGGAUUUAAGGGUAUGCCAGCGUCCCAUGGUGUUACAAAAACACAUCGUCGUGCUGGAAAUAUUGGCGGAGGUGGUGAAAAGGGACGAGUAUGGCCUGGUACAAAGAUGCCGGGUCAUAUGGGCAAUCGGUGGCGUGUUAUUAAAGGCCUGCGAGUGUGGCGAAUAAACACGAAGUACAAUGUAAUGUGGGUGCAAGGAAGCUCAGUACCCGGUCCAACCAAUGGACUCGUCUACAUCUACGAUACUAUUUUGCCUCUGCGGAAAAACAAGGAAGCGCCGCCAUUCCCUACGUUUUACGGGGAAGCACAGGAAAAUGGAGAAGAUAUCUGGUUUGAUAAAGUGCACAACUUUAAAAAUGAGUCUAUAACAUAUGAAAACGAAUAACUUUAGUACUUAGGGUAUUGUAAAAUCUAAUUUGUUGUUUUGAAAUUAAAAAAAAAAAUAAUUUUA